GAGGGGCGCGGGCAGGCGGGCAGGCGGCGCUGGGCGCCCCCCUCCCCGCGGCAGUGAGGGCGGGCCGGCACCCGGAAGAAGGAGCCGCCGCCUCCCUCCUGACUUCCCCAGCGGGCAAGCAGGGAGGCAAGCAGGGAAGCCAGGCGCUAUGCUGCAGUUCUUGCUUGGUUUUACUCUUGGCAAUGUGGUUGGGAUGUAUCUGGCUCAGAACUAUGAUAUUCCUAACAUUGCAAAGAAGCUUGAAGAUUUUAAGAAGGAUGUGGAAGCUAAGAAGAAACCUCCCAGCGACAAGUCCUAAGAGAGUAAUAUUGCCCAGAUCACCUCUGUGCAUGCAUCAAGGAUGCAAUUUACCUUUCAGGCACAAAGAUCAAGUAGAGUGUUGGCAUGGGAGGUUCCUCCACUUUCAGUCUCCUAGAACUGGAAUGUCGUUCUUUUGGAAGAGCAGCCGUGAACUUUUCCUGAGCCUGAUUUUCAAGGGUUUCAGAAUUUGGAUUUGCAGCUGAUAUGUGACUGGAUAAGAUCAUUUGUAUUUUUUGUUAUUGCUUUUCCUAAUAUUUUGUAACCCAUUUUCACCUGAUCCUGUUAGUCCUGUUACUAGGCGUACCUCAUACUUUGUAAUACCCUAGUUCUUAGAACAUUGCAGAAGAAAUUAAAUGCUUCAAGAAGUAA